UUCCUAUUGGCUGGUUGCUUCGCCCCGCCAGUUGGAAGUAGAAACAGCGCCAUUAUCAAAACGCGUUCAUCUUGUUGAUCUUUUCGGUCUGUUUACCGACACGUUUUAACGAAUAGAGUCACGUAAACGGAGGUCAAACCAACGUUUGUGACGUUAUUAGUCGUUUAGUUAUCGUCCGGAUGACUCGAGCUUCGUCGUAUGUGAAGCUAACGAAGCUAACGCAAGGAGCUAACGGGGCUAACUUUAGCAGUUAGCCGGCCUCUCGAGCCGCGGUGUUUCCUGCGUUAAGUACCCGUUGAUAGAGCCGUUCUGUCGGCCACAGCAGGGAUGAGUUGCCCGGUGAACCUCCAGGAUCUCCCGUCCGGAGUCUUUGAAACGGUUUUUACUCCAGAAAACACGAGAACUAGAACGAUGACCUCUCUGACUCCGCUGAGUUUCCCCAAAACCAGAUCAGCUCUGUGGGACAGCAGCCCUGCAGGAGACAAGCUCCGCCUCCAGCUCUGCACUCGCAGGAAGCCUCGGCUGGUGCUGAUGGAGAAAGCUCUGCGAUUGGCUCAGCGUCAUGCCCGUCACAGCAACAAGCCCCGCCUCCUGUGUUUCCUCCUGGGCUCGCUGUGUGUGGACGCAGAUGAGGAGGGGGUGACUGUGACCCUGGACCGGUUCGACCCGGGUCGGGACCAGCCCGGAGCCUCGGGCCGGGUCCCCGCCGCGCUGCUACCCGGAGACGUCCUGGUCCCGUGUCUGUUCUCCGAAGAGACCUCGUCGGACGCCGUCGUCCAAUCAGAGGCUGAGCUGCAUCACUGCUUCAAGGUGUUGCAGCAGUGUGUGAGCGGCAGACAGACCCUGGACGUGUCUCAGCUGUUGAGGGUCAGAGGUCGUGUCGUCUGUUCCCAGCAGUCUGACGCCGCGUCCUUCGUCCUCAGCUGGUCGGCCGUGUGUCCGUCCCUCAGCGUGGACGUCCAGCCGGUCCGAGCCGUCCCCGUCAUCCCCACCGCUCUGCUGAGGAGCCUGACCGGAGCCAGACGCCCCCCCCUGCACGCCGGCCGUCAGAGAGGGUUUCUGACCAUGGACCAGACCAGGAAGCUGCUGCUGCUGCUGGAGUCGGACCCUAAAGCCUCCAGGCUGCCCCUGGUCGGACUCUGGCUGAGUGGAGUGGUACAGGUCUACAACCCUCAGGUGUGGGCAUGGUGUCUCAGGUUCCUGUGUAGCUCCGCCCUCCAGGACAGGGUUGUGUCGGAGAGCGGUUGUUUCCUCUUGGUCCUGUUCGGGUCCACCCACAGAGCCCCUCAGUUCUUCCAGUGUCGAGGAUCUGGAUCUGGACCACAGCUGGACUACCGCCUGCUGACCGCCUCCCAGUGUGUCACGCUCUACCAGCAGGCGGUCUCGGCGGAGGGGCGGACUCUGCGCUGUGAGCUCGGUUCAGAGGAUCGCAGCCGCCAGACGGAGAUCUUCAGAGAGGCUCAGACCUCCUUCAACAGAGCCGCCCCCUUGGCUGCCGGUCUCUCAGUCAGCGAUCAGGACUCGGGGGUGGAGGAUGAAGACUUGUCCCCCCGGCCGUCCCCGAGCCCCCACCCCCCCGCUCAGCAGGCUCGCAGAGUUCAGCCGUCUGUUCCUGAACUUUCUUUGCUGAUUGACAGCAGCUUGGUCUCCAAUCAGAACAGCUGGCAGGAUGCAGGCUCCGCCCACAGACAGGACAGGAAGUCUGCUCCUCCGACAGUAAACAGACCCGCAGCCCCCCCUCACCUCCACAGCACGCCAACCUCCAACCUGCAGCCGCCCUGCAGCUGCUGCUCCGCCCAAACCUACGACUGCACCUCCAUCCUCUCGUCCCCCGGACCCCGCCCCGCACACGCCCCGCCCAACUCUCCAAG